GGAGAAAAAGAAGCACCUGGGGCUUGGCUGCUGGUGUCGCGCCGUUCCUUCCGAACCCCUCCGCCCGCCUCACAUGCCAUUACAGCAACAAAGAGCACGCUGAGCAGCGGGCGGAGAGGUGCCCUGGCUCCAAGCUCCGUCAGCCCGGAAGACGGCGGAGGACCAUGGCUAGGAAGGGGGACACCUCUGUCUCUCCUUAUGGUGAACCCAGAAAAUUUGAUCCAAAGUUCAGCGGACCUAUUCACAACAGGCAUUGCACAGAUGUACUAUGCUGUGGGAUCUUUGUUGUUGUCAUCCUGGGUUACAUUGCAUUAGGAAUUGUGGCCUGGGUACAUGGUGACCCAAGAAAAGUAGCAUAUCCAACUGACAGCUAUGGGCAGUUCUGUGGUCAAAAAGAUACCCCUAAUGAGAACAAGACAAUUUUAUUUUACUUUAACAUUCUGAAAUGUGCCAGCCCUAUAGUGCUAAUAAACCUGCAGUGCCCUACAACACAGCUUUGUGUCUCAAAGUGCCCAGACAGAUUUGCAACCUACAUAGAAAUGCAAUCUUCCUACAGAAGUUAUUGGGAGUACUACAAACAGUUUUGCAAGCCUGGGUUUACUAAACCACGGAAGUCUGUGGCCCAAGUUAUGCGUGAUGAAGAUUGCCCUUCUAUGAUUAUUCCAAGCCGGCCUUUUCUUAAGAGGUGCUUUCCUGAUUUCGCUACUAAAAAUGGUGUUCUGACUGUGGCCAAUCAAACAACUUUCAAAGAUGGAAGAGGAAAAACACGGAAUGUAACUGAUCUCAGGGAAGCAGCAAAUGGCAUCAAUAAUGUUCUUGAUGCAAGAUCAGUUGGGAUGAAAAUUUUUGAAGACUAUGCCAGUUCUUGGUACUGGAUUUUAAUAGGGCUAUUUAUUGCAAUGGUAGUCAGCUUGCUCUUCCUUGUGCUUCUGAGAUUCAUAGCAGGGGUUCUCUUCUGGAUUUUCAUCUUUGGUGUAAUUGGAAUUAUAGGAUAUGGUAUCUGGCAUUGCUACUGGGAAUAUCAUCGCCUUCAUGGAAUUCCUGGUUCUGAUCUUACCAUCUACGAUAUUGGAUUCCAGACAGAUUUCAGGGUCUAUCUGCAACUGAGGCAAACAUGGUUAGCAUUUAUGAUACUACUUUGUAUAGUGGAAGUUGUCAUUAUACUGAUGUUAAUAUUUCUGAGAAAUCGAAUCCGGAUUGCAAUUGCCCUUUUGAAAGAAGGUAGCCGGGCAAUUGGCUACAUCAUGUCUACAUUAUUCUAUCCAAUAAUAACCUUUAUUCUUAUCGCAAUCUGCAUUUCAUACUGGGCAGUGACAGCUGUUUUCCUGGCUACAUCAGGAGAACCUGUGUACAAAGUCAUGGCUAAUCAAAGUUUAUGCAAGUAUGCAAAUUUGACCUGUUACCCAGAGACUUUCAACACUACCAAUGUGACCAAACUAUGUCCAGGGGCCCAGUGUACAUUUGCUUUCUAUGGUGGAGAAAGUCUAUACCACCGCUACAUCUUAGUCUUUCAAAUUAUCAAUGUGUUUGUCUUUCUCUGGCUGGUCAAUUUUGCAAUCGCAUUGGGUCAAUGUACCCUUGCUGGUGCCUUUGCUUCUUACUACUGGGCCUUUCGAAAACCGGCUGACAUUCCAUCCUGCCCGCUCUUUUCUUCAUUUGGACGAGCAAUACGGUAUCAUACAGGUUCUUUAGCGUUUGGGUCUUUAAUUCUUGCGGUGGUCCAGCUAAUUAGAGUAAUCCUGGAAUAUUUGGAUCACAAACUUAAGGGCUCACAAAAUGUAUUUGCUAAGUUCUUGCUUUGCUGCCUCAAAUGCUGUUUUUGGUGCUUGGAAAAAUUCCUUAAAUUUAUCAACAGAAAUGCUUACAUCAUGAUUGCAAUCUAUGGUAAAAACUUCUGCACCUCAGCAAGGGAUGCAUUCUUUCUUCUCAUGAGAAAUGUGGUGAGGGUUGCAGUCCUGGAUAAAGUAACAGACUUCUUAUUAUUCCUGGGUAAAAUCCUUGUUGCUGGAGGUGUGGGAGUCCUAGCCUUCUUUUUCUUCACACACAGGAUACCAGCAUUCACACAAGAAGCACCAUCACUGAAUUAUUAUUGGGUCCCACUCUUGACUGUCAUUAUAGGUUCUUAUCUAGUUGCACAUGGAUUCUUCAGUGUCUAUGCAAUGUGUGUUGAUACACUUUUCCUCUGUUUUUUGGAAGAUUUAGAAAGUCAGGAUGGUUCUACUGAAAGACCUUAUUACAUGAGUAAGUCUCUGCUGAAGAUUCUGAACAAACAUAACAAACAAAGCAAGAGACACUGAUGGUCAGCUGUCCCGGCCACACCAUUGCGUUGGGUCUGGUGCACUGUUUCUGCAAUACGUUCUCAGCUUUUACAUGUGCAAGUUUUAUACCAAAGCUAUUGUACUGUGAACCCAUCCAAGUUUGAAAUGAUACUGAUUUUAAAAUUCCGGGGGAUAGGGGAAAUAUGAGAGAUUUUUUUCCCUUCUCUCUCUCUUUCCUUCUUUAAUUCCUGUGGCUUGGAUGUUUUGGAAUGAAAGAGUAUUAAAACGUUGGCUGUUGUUUUUCUUUAUUUUUCUUCUGUGAAAAAGAGGUAUGAAAUGUUCUACUGUUGCAAAUUUUGUUCUAGGUGAGUAAACAGAUUUUUGAAAACCGUGUUAAAAGUUUCCAAGGAAGAAAAACUGUAAAUGUCCUUUUCAAUACAUAUGGUCAAAGAAUAUGUAAAUGUCUCUUGACUGCAUUUAAAGUCUUGUCACUUUCCUAGCCUGUACAGCUAUGUGCUCCAUAACAAAGUGCCUUACUGGCUAUUGGUAUCAACUAGCUUAUGUUCCGAAGUUUACAAGCACCGUUUGAACCGUAAACCUACCAUUGCUUGAAAAGAUAAAAAUCUUUUUCAGUUUACUUGUAAGUAUGGAUACAAGUUUGGUUGUUUUAUCUAGUUGUAAAACCUGCAGUUUCCCACCAGCAUCUGCUCCAAAAACAAAGCGGUGAGCAAUGCUGCAUUUAGGGGGGUGAGUUUUUCAGCUUAGCUUUAUCCAGCUUGAUUUAUGCUUCAAGAAAUUGAGUCUCUGCUGACCUUCCUCUUCAACAUGUGAUGCAACCCACAUAUAACCCUGUUUUCUGGGGUAUUUAUCAAACUUCCUCAAUGCAGGAGAUCAGAAAUAGGUCUGCCAACUUUUCAGCCAGAUGUUAUAUCUAUCUUUUGAACAGCAGCUUGAUCCACCACAAUUAACAGUAAAUGUUUAUUGCUAUGCUGAGAAAUAUUACCAUAUGACCCUGAAUUUAAGACAGUCUUCCCCCCAAAAGAAGAGUAGCUUCGAUAGGGAAAAAAUAUAAAGAAAGAGGAACAUCCAAACCAAUGCCCAGAUCCUCAUCCCACCCUUCCCCAAUCUAUCUAGGGUGGCAUCAACUCCAGGACAAACCAAACUCCAGGUUCCGCCACCCCAUCUCACAAAAGUAUAUCCGUACCUGCAUACAUACUGCCAGAAGCCACGUGCCAAAAAAGGGCAGACCAAGAUUUAAAAAAAACCCAACAAAUUAUUAACUACUGAUUAAUAUUGCCUGUAAAAUAAGGUAUAUCAUGGGGAAACA